AUGUCGGAAUUGGCUCUCCUCAAGGCCAUGCAAGAAGCAAUGGCCAAUCUCGAAUUGAAAUUAGAAAAUGAUAAAGUUUCUUCUUCAUCAUCAACUUUAAAGGUGCCUGAAACAUCCACCUCUCUUUCCACAAAGAAGGCCGAAAUUUACUCUUCCAAAUAUUUUAGUAAAUACGCGGACGAGUACAUCAAGUUUACCUACGAAAAUCCAACUAUCUAUCACGUGGUAGAGACUGUUGGUAAGGACUUGACCAAGGCAGGUUUCAAGUAUUUAUCAGAAAAGGAAUCUUGGGACUCAUUACGUCCUGGUAAAUAUUAUACUGUUAGAAAUGGAUCUUCGCUCGCAGCCUUUGUCGUAGGAAGCGAUUGGACCGCAGAUAAGGGGGUUGGUGUCGUUGGUGCACAUAUCGAUGCUUUGACUGCCUUGUUAAAGCCAAACUCCAACAAGGAUACAGUUGAGGGUUACGAAUUAUUGGGUGUUGCACCUUAUGCUGGUGGUUUAUCGGAUCUUUGGUGGGACAGAGACUUGGGUAUCGGUGGUCGUCUUUUAGUUAGAGAUCCAGAGACCUCCAAGGUUGAACAAAAGCUUGUAGACUCUACUCCUCAUCCUAUCGCUCACAUCCCAACUUUGGCUCCCCAUUUCGGUGCGCCAUCAGUGGGACCAUUUAACAAGGAGACACAGGCUGUCCCAGUUGUCGGCUUCCAAUCAGCAGACGAUCCCGCUGAAGCUCCAGCCACCGAAGCUGAAAAGAGCUCUCCAUUAUACGGUAAGCACCCAUUGAAAUUGCUCAGAUACAUUGCUGGUUUGGCCAAAGUCAAGGUAGAAGACAUUGUGCAAUGGGAUUUGCAAUUGUUUGAUGUUCAAAAAGGUACUCUCGGUGGACUAAGCAAAGAAUUCAUUUUUGCUCCAAGAAUUGAUGACAGAAUUUGUUCAUUUGCAGCUUAUAAAGCAUUGAUCGAAUCAUCUACAGAAUUGGACAGUAUUCCAUCAUCAGGAUUUUCAAUUGUCGGUUUGUUUGAUAACGAAGAAAUUGGAUCCGCUACCCGUCAAGGUAUCAAGGGUCAAUUGAUUGAAUUGGUUGUAGAAAGAGUAAUUUCUGCUCUUGAUUUCCCAGGCGAUGAAUCUGAGCAAGAACUACUUAAAUUAGCAUAUGCCAACACUAUUAUCUUGUCAGCUGAUGUGAAUCACUUGCUUAACCCUAACUUUGCCAACGUCUAUUUGGAGCAUCACAAGCCAUUACCAAACAAGGGUAUUUCCAUUGCCUUGGAUCCAAAUGGACAUUUUGCGACUGACUCCAUUGGAUUGGCACUCGUUGAAGAAUUGGGCAGAAUCAAUGAUGAUCCAUUGCAGUACUUCCAAAUUAGAAAUGAUUCUCGUUCAGGUGGUACUAUUGGUCCUUCAAUUUCCAUUCAAACUGGUGCUAGAACCAUCGAUUUGGGAAUCCCUCAACUUUCCAUGCACUCUAUUAGAGCCGCUGCUGGUGUCAAGGAUGUUGGUAAUGGGAUUAAGUUUUUCUCUGGAUUCUUUUCCAACUGGAGAAAGGUUUACGAUACCUAUGACGACUUGUAG